ACCACGCAGCAGCCUCUCUGGAGCGGCAGCAGCAGCAGCCGCCGCCGCAGCCUCUAGCCGCAGCCAACCCAGCAACGUCGGCAGCAGUAGCAGCAGCCGCGCUAGCUGUCUGCGCCUUAAAUAGGAUCCAGCCUGAGGACUGGCAGGCAGUAACUAACUGUGCUGACUGCCGGUUGGGCGGGCUCGGCCUGGGGACAACGAGAAUCUGGCCAAAGGAACAACCACAGCGGGGCAAUGCAGGCUCAUGAAUUGUUUCGAUAUUUUCGUAUGCCAGAAUUAGGGGAUUUCCGACAAUAUGUGCGCACUCUCCCAACCAACACACUCAUGGGCUUUGGCGCUUUUGCUGCACUCACCACUUUCUGGUAUGCCACAAGACCCAAGGCUCUGAAGCCCCCGUGCGACCUCUCCAUGCAGUCUGUGGAAGUAGAGGGCAGCGAUGGUGCCAGAAGAUCUACGGUGCUCGAUAGCGAUGAGCCAUUGUCAUUUUUCUAUGACGAUGUAACAACACUAUAUGAAACUUUCCAGAGGGGUAUACAUGUGUCAAAUAAUGGCCCUUGUUUAGGCUUUCGGAAACCUGAUCAACCAUAUGAGUGGAUUUCAUAUAAAGAGGUUGAAGACAAGGCCGAGUGUGUGGGCUCAGCAUUGAUCCAGAAGGGUUACCGGCCGUCGCCAGAUCAAUAUUUUGGCAUCUUUGCUCAAAAUAGACCUGAGUGGGUGAUCAUCGAACAGGGUUGCUAUACGUACUCAAUGGUGGUGGUCCCUCUUUAUGAUACCCUUGGAAACGAAGCGAUCACAUACAUCAUUAACAAAGCUGAAUUGUCUUUGGUUUUUGUUGAUAAGCCGGACAAAGCAGAGCUCAUGUUAGAAUCUGUUGCAAACAAGCUAAUCCCAGUCCUUAAAACCAUAGUCAUCAUGGACCCCUUUGACAAGGACCUUUUGGAACGAGGCAAGAAUCAUGGAAUUGAAAUAAUGAGCAUGAAAGCCCUGGAGGACCUGGGAAGAGCUAACAGAAGGAAACCAAAGCCUCCGUCGCCUGAUGACCUUGCCCUGAUUUGUUUCACCAGUGGGACAACAGGCAACCCCAAAGGCGCACUGAUCACUCAUCAAAAUGUAGUGAGCGAUUGUUCGGGUUUUGUGAAAGCGACAGAGAAAGUGGUAUCUCCUUGCCAAGACGACAUUUUGAUAUCUUUCUUGCCUCUUGCCCAUAUGUUUGAGAGAGUUGUGGAGAAAGUACUUCAUUUGAACGCCAGUGAUUCACACAUUUCAUAUUUACCACUCGCUCACAUGUUUGAGCAGUUAAUGCUGUGUGUAAUGCUGUGUCAUGGAGCUAAAAUAGGAUUCUUUCAAGGAGAUAUUCGGUUACUUAUGGAUGAUCUCAAGAUGCUACAACCCACCAUUUUCCCUGUGGUUCCAAGAUUGCUGAACCGGAUGUUUGACAAAAUUUUUGGACAGGCUAACACAACGAUGAAACGGUGGAUCCUGGACUUUGCUUCCAAGAGAAAAGAGGCAGAACUCCGAAGUGGAAUCAUUAGAAACAACAGCCUCUGGGACAGAAUUAUUUUCAACAAAAUUCAGGCAAGUCUUGGAGGGAAAGUCAGGUUAAUGGUCACUGGAGCAGCUCCUGUAUCAGCAACUGUUCUGACUUUUCUACGGUCAGCACUUGGAUGUCAGUUCUAUGAAGGCUAUGGACAAACAGAAUGCACAGCUGGAUGUUCCUUGACAGUGCCCGGAGACUGGACAGCUGGCCAUGUUGGCGCUCCAAUGCCUUGCUGUCAUAUAAAACUUGUUGAUGUUGAAGAGAUGAAUUACCUGGCUGCCAAGGGAGAAGGUGAGAUAUGUGUGAAAGGGCCAAAUGUAUUCAAGGGCUAUUUGAAGGACCCAGCGAAAACAGCAGAAGCUCUAGAUAAAGAUGGCUGGCUGCACACAGGAGACAUUGGGAAAUGGUUACCAAAUGGUACCUUGAAGAUCAUCGACAGGAAAAAACAUAUAUUCAAGCUGGCACAAGGGGAAUACAUAGCGCCUGAGAAAAUUGAAAAUAUCUACCAGCGGAGUGAGCCUGUGGCCCAGGUGUUUGUACACGGGGAAAGCUUACAGGCAUUCCUCAUAGCAAUAGUGGUACCAGAUGUGGAAGUGCUCUGUCCCUGGGCCAAAAAGAAGGGCAUCAGUGGAACCUAUGAAGAAUUAUGCAGAAAUAAGGAUGUCAAGAAAGGAAUCCUAGAAGACCUUGUGAGGCUUGGGAAGGAGGCUGGUCUAAAGCCAUUUGAGCAGGUCAAAGGGAUCGCUCUUCACAUGGAACUAUUCACUGUGGAGAAUGGCCUUCUGACCCCGACGCUGAAGGCCAAGAGACCCGAGCUCCGCAAGUACUUCAGGUCACAGAUAGAUGAACUCUAUUCUACCAUUAAGAUUUAAUCUUGAGGAAGAUAGCUUGGAAAAAGAAAACCGCACACCUCAAAAGACCUACUUCUACUGUUGGCCUUCAUAUUGGUAAUUUGGACUCCAGCAAACAUAGGGAAGGAAACUGUGCAAUGUGUUGACUUGUUUGGACAGACGGGGUUCUUGCCAUAGGAAUUUUGAAGGAAACAGAACACUGCCUUACUGUCACCUUGUGUUGCUGACCAUUUUGUGGUGAUAUACAAUUUCCAAAAUGAGCCUUAAAUUGUAAAGGGCAACUGUAUACCUGUUAAGUUAUUUGGGACUUCCUCAGCCAAAAAGGGGGGUGUUGACUCUUCUCUCCUGAUCCUGGCCAGGGAGCUAGGGUUUCCCUGUCUCUGCCAGGUCAGGUGUUUGCUAUGUUCUCUACAGUGGUCUAUUCCGAAGGGUACAGAGUACACUGGAGGAAAAGGAUCCUUUUUAAAAAUGACAAACACACCCAGGCAGGAGUGAGGUUUACCAGAAUUCAUCCAAACAUUAUUUAAGCUCCCUCUUCUGCUCACCCUUCUCUGAAUGAGAGUUGUGAAGCUUUCUCUCCCUUUAUGCCCUCCGCCCUGGGUUACCCUAACAGAAAAAAAAAGAAAGAAAAAAAGAAAGAAAAGAAAUAUCUGAACUGUACCGUUUUGAACUUAAGGUUCCCUGUAAAUCAGAACAAAUACAACCAAGCAGAUUGAGGGUCACAGAGGAGUGCCCUACAGAAUGUGGACGCUAAUGAAUGCAAAGCAGAAUGCUACCAAGAGAGUGUUUUCCAGAUCUGUCUCCUUCCCGUCCCUCCCUCCAGCCCUUCCAUGGGUCAUUAACAAAUCUGCCUUAGACUCUUGACAGUGAAGACAAGAAUUUCAAGGAUACAUACACCAUGAGAGCAGGAUGCGCCCAGCUCAGCUGUGAUGAUGGCCUGCUAACCGUACACCUGAUCUACACUGCACUAGCCACUCUUUCUGUAUACGGCCAACGGGUUUUUAAUGUAGUUUUCAUAUCAGAAUAUCAUGCCGUGAUUAAUGCUUUAUUUGUUUCCCAGAAUAAACUGUCUUGUACCAAACAUAUCACGUAGAAGGCUAGAGGGAGCGGGUAUACUUGAAUACUUUUUAGUUGAAGUGGAGGGUAAUCAUGGACAGGAAUGAGCUCACCUCAGAAGUCUAUUCAUGAUUUCUACAAAAUGUAUUCAACAAACCAGAACAAAUGCUAGCUAAUAGGGGAAUGUGUAAAUCUAGGGGGAAAGUCAAUUUUUCCUCAGAGUAACUGCUGAGGGGUUUUUAGUCUAAUUGGGGAAAUUGGCGACAUUGCAAUUUAUUUCCGAUUUUGGCCACAUUUGACUGAAUUAAGUUGUCAUUUUAAAUGAUUCUAUUUUUGGUUGUUGUUUUUUUUUUUUGGAUACUUGGGAUUAUAUGUGAUAUUCAAGCACAACGAGGUUUGCACUAGACAUGUCAUUGUGAUAACACUAUUUGGUAGCCUAACUUCAUAAUGUGCGCUCUUAAUUGCACAAAUCUCUAAAUCGGUAAUUUGUCACAUCGGAGUUUUGGAUUUUUGCUUUCAGUGUUGGCUAUUUCUAUGUUUUAUAAACCAAAACAGAAAUUUCCAAAAAACAACGAAGGAAACCAAAAUAAAUAUUUCUGCAUUUCA